AGUGAAAGGGUCGGUUUUAUUUGGGGUAAAUUUAAAUAAAAGGAUGCAAAACGUUAGGCUGCGCUGCUCCUCCUUCAGUACAGUAGGUGAACACUGCAGCCUGGCAAAGUCCAAAAAUGAACGCAUCAUUUCACGUUUAGGCUGGGGCAGGUAGGCAGCCUCGGAUUGGGGCGACAACUUGCACUUCAUUAAUGUUUCAGUAGGCUAUAGGUCAUUUUUUUCGCUUUCGAAUGAAGCUUUUAGGAUCCUCCAUGGAUCAUGUCAGCAGGCUGCGGCUUGACACCUUUUUGAUUUGCUGAGCUCAGAUGCAGAUGCUCGCCCCUUUUACACGGUCGGUGCCUCGGUCCGUGUUGCUGAGUCAUGGAUUGUCGGCUUGCAUUAUUGAAAUCGAUGCAUCUUCAAGGGUAGACGGAGGCUCGGCUGCUAGAGGGUCCCGUGAUAACAGUAACAUGUAUUUUUACAUUUAGAGCAAAGCCUUCAGCAGCCGCUGCCCUACAUCGCCUCGCAUGAUGAUCGCCGCGGCGUUUUUGGUCCUGCUCAGACCAUACAGCAUCCAGUGCGUGCUUUUAUUAUUGCUACUUUUGCUUGGCACCAUCGCCACAAUUUUAUUUUUCUGCUGCUGGCACCGCAAGCUCCGGAGUGGGAAGCAUCCCAUCAAAUCGGUCUUCUCAGGACGCUCAAGGAGCCGCGAAGUUGGUCUACGGACGUAUCAUUUUCGAUCAGAGGGUUACAGACACAGUCCCCGCCAUGCCAGGAGGACCACACGGGUUAGAGCCAGCGAGGAGAACAAGCCCCUGCUGGAGAUCCCAGAAAGCGACGCGGACACGUCGACUGUGAGGAAGCGCAAAGUUAAGAAGAGGGUCCAGCCGGAAUUUUACCAGUCAGUGCAGCUGACUCCGACACGCAAACCCAGCUCGGGCUCCGGGAACGCUUCCCUCCGCUGCUCCAUGUCCUCAUCUGCAGAUUUCUCGGACGAGGAUGAUUACAGUUUCAAGUCGGGUUCGGCGUCGCCAGCGCCCGGGGACACGCUGCCCUGGAACCUGCCGAGACACGAGCGGUCCAAGAGGAAGAUCCAGGGUGGAUCGGUUCUGGAUCCGGCCGAGAGAGCCGUACUCAGGAUCGCCGAUGAAAGAGACCGCGUGCAGAAAAAGACAUUCACAAAAUGGAUAAACCAACAUCUCUUAAAGGUACGAAAGCACGUAAACGACCUGUAUGAGGACCUCAGAGAUGGACACAACCUGAUCUCGCUGCUGGAGGUCUUGUCUGGAGAAUCACUGCCAAGGGAGCGUGAUUUUCUGAAGACCUUGCGGUUGGUGAGUGCGCCCGAAGCAUGCGCCCCUCAGCAGCAUGGAGAUGCACAGGAUGAUGACAAGGGGCCCCGUGAAAAAGGCCGGAUGAGGUUCCACCGGCUGCAGAACGUCCAGAUAGCGCUGGACUACCUAAAACGGCGGCAGGUGAAGCUUGUCAACAUCAGAAACGAUGACAUCACCGACGGGAACCCGAAGCUGACCCUGGGAUUGAUUUGGACCAUAAUUCUGCACUUCCAGAUCUCGGAUAUCCAUGUUACGGGGGAGUCCGAGGACAUGACGGCCAAGGAGAGGCUUCUCCUGUGGUCCCAGCAGAUUACUGAGGGCUACGUGGGAGUCCGCUGUGAUAACUUCACUACCUCCUGGAGAGACGGACGGCUCUUCAAUGCCAUCAUUCACAAACACAGGCCAGACCUAGUGGAUAUGAGCAGAGUUUCUGUUCAGAGCAGUAGGUCGAAUUUGGAGCAGGCCUUCAUGGUGGCCGAACGGCUGGGAGUAGCGCGGCUUCUGGACCCUGAAGAUGUGGAUGUGCAGUCGCCCGAUGAGAAGUCGGUCAUCACCUAUGUUUCCACACUGUAUGACGUGUUUCCAAAAGUCUCAGAGGACAUGGAAGGAAUCAGCGCAAACGAUGUUGACAUCAAAUGGGUGGAAUAUCAGAACAUGGUAAAUUACCUGAGCCAGUGGAUCAAACAUCAUAUAGCCAUCAUGUCGAACAGAGCGUUUCCCAACAACCCAGCGGAACUCAAGGCACUUUACAGUCAGUACUUGCAGUUUAAAGAAACUGAAAUUCCUGUGAAGGAGAACGAAAAGACCAAAAUCAAGAACCUCUAUAAAAUGUUAGAGGUGUGGAUGGAGUUUGGCCGGAUCCAGCUGCCACAGGGGUACCACCCGAAUGACGUAGAGAAGGAGUGGGGCAAGCUGAUCAUCGCCAUGCUGGAGCGGGAGAAGAGCCUAAGGCCAGAGGUGGACAGACUUGACAUGCUGCAGCAGAUUGCCAACAAGGUCCAUCAGGAUUGUGUGUCCGGGGAGAACAAGCUGGCACUGGCCAGAAGUGCCUUGCAGUCUGAUGCAAAACGACUAGAAUCUGGAAUCCAGUUCCAGCACGAAUCCGAUGUGGCUGGAUACCUGCUAGAGUGUGAGAACCUCUUGAGGCAGCAGGUUGUGGACAUUCAGGCUCUUCUGGAUGGGAAGUUCUAUCUGGCAGACCAACUCCUUCAGAGGGUGUCAAAGCUACGAGAUGAUCUGCUGGCCCUCAGGACGGAAUGCAGCUCGAUUUACAGCAAGGGCCGCACCCUCACGACGGAGCAGACCAAAAUGAUGAUCUCGGGAAUAACGCAGAGCUUAAACUCUGGCUUCUCCCAGGGCAUAAGCAUGGGCCUCACUCCCGGCCUGACCACGGGCAGCCUGGUAUCCCCUGGCUCCACCUUUACCUCCAGCCUGGGCUCGUCCCUGAUGCCCGGGCUCACGCCUGGCAUGCUGCCCGGCAGCAUCCAGAGCUACGUGGCCAGCACAGGGGGCAUCGGUGUGGACCACGGCACUCUUCAUCAUCUCAAGCACCUGCAGAUCCGGAAGCCGCUGGGCAAGUCCUCACUGGUGGACCCCAACCUGAGUGAGGAGGAGGUCAAUAUGAAGUUUGUCCAGGACCUCCUAAACUGGGUGGAGGAGAUGCAGGUCCAGCUGGAUCAGACUGAGUGGGGUUCAGAUUUGCCAAGUGUUGAAAUGCAUUUGGAGAAUCACAAGAGCGUGCAUGGAGCGAUCGAGGAAUUUCAGAUGAGCCUCAAAGAAGCCAAAAUUAGUGAGAUCCAGAUGACCCAACCUCUGAAACUCAGCUACUCUGAGAAAUUGGGCAAGUUAGAGAGCCAGUAUGGGAGGCUCCUGAACUCCUCAAGGAACCGCCAGAAGUACCUGGAGAACCUCCACGAGUUUGUGUCCAGCGCGACGCGGGAGCUGAUCUGGCUCAACGAGAAGGAGGAAGAAGAGGUGGCGUAUGAUUGGAGCGACCGGAACAGCAGCAUCUCAAAAAAGCGGGAUUACCACGCCGACUUGAUGAGGGAGCUGGAGGAGAGAGAGAUGGCAAUCAAGUCUGUGCAGGACAAAGCAGAGUGCCUGCUUCUGGAGAGCCACCCGGCCAGGCUGACUAUCGAGGCAUACCGCGCCGCCAUGCAGACACAGUGGAACUGGGUCCUGCAGCUCUGUGGCUGUGUAGAGCAGCAUCUCAAGGAGAACGCCAUCUACUUUGAGUUUUUCACUGAUGCCAAAGAAUCCUUGGAUUAUCUGAAGAACUUGCAGGAUACCAUCCAAAGGAAGUAUGGCUGUGACCGGACUAGCAGCCUACAUAAGCUCGAAGACCUAGUUCAGGAAUCUAUGGAUGAGAAGGAGCAGCUCCUCCAGUAUCGCAGCACCAUAGCGAGUUUGGUUGGCCGUGCCAAGGCCAUAGUACAGCUGAAGCCCCGCAACCCCGAGAGCCCCAUCCGGACCUCCAUUCCUGUCAGGGCCAUCUGCGACUACCGACAGAUUGAGAUUACUAUAUAUAAAGAUGACGAGUGCGUCCUGGCUAACAACUCGCAUCGAGCAAAGUGGAAGGUGAUCAGCCCAGCUGGGAAUGAGGCCAUGGUCCCUUCUGUCUGCUUCACCGUGCCUCCCCCCAACAAGGAAGCAAUGGAAACGGCUGCCAGGACUGAGCAGCUGUAUCAGAACGUUCUUGCUUUGUGGCACCGGUCCCAUGUCAACAUGAAAAGCGUGGUUGCGUGGCACUACCUGAUGAACGACAUCCAAGCUAUCCGCAAAAGCAACGUUGCCUCCAUCAAGACCAUGCUCCCAGGUGAGCACCAGCAGGUUCUAAGCACCCUGCAGUCCCACUUUGAAGGCUUUCUGGAGGACAGUGAGGAGUCUGAGGUUUUCUCACUUGCGGACCGCACCCAUCUGGAGAGGGAGGUGCAGGCCUGUAGAGAGUUCUAUGAGGAGCUGCUCAAGUCUGCAGAGAGAGAGGAACAGGAGGAGUCUGUAUACAACCUCUUCAUCUCUGAGGUUCGCAACUUCCGCAUGCGCCUGGAAGGCCACGAGGAACACCUCAUCCGUCAGAUCCGUACUCCCGUGGACCGGGAUGACCUUCAGAAGAGCAUGAUGCGCAUCGCUGAGCAGGAGAGGAUGAAGAAGGAGUUGGACCAACUGAAGGAGGACCUGGAGACCAUGAAGGUGAAGUGUGAGACAUUCAUCAGUCAGGCCUCGACCUCACCAUCGGUCCCCAACCUCUCCUCUGAGCUGAAUGUCCUGAUCCAGAGCAUGAACCAAGUCUACUCCAUGUCCUCAAUUCAUCUGGAGAAGCUGAAAACUGUGAGCUUAGUGGUGAAGCACAGUCAGGAGGCGGAAGGGCUGGUGAAGCUGUAUGAGGCCAAACUUUGUGAGGAGGACACUGUGAAUGCUGACAUCAAGGCCAUCGAGAUGGUUAUGAGCACUCUCAAGCAAUGGCGCACAGAAAUUGACGAAAAAUGCGAGGUUUUCCAUGAGUUGGAAGAUGAGCUACAGAAGGCCAGAAACAUUAGUGAUCGCAUGUUCAAGACACACAAUGAGCGGGACUUUGACCUGGACUGGCACAAGGAGAAGGCUGAUCAGCUUAGUGAGAGAUGGAUGAGUUUGCAUUCCCAGAUUGAGAACAGACUUCGUGACUUGGAGGGCAUUGGUAAGUCUCUGAAAUACUACAGAGAAACCUAUCACACCCUGGAUGAGUGGAUCAACGACAUGGAGACAACACAGCUGAAGGCCCAGCAGCAGCAGCCGGAAGACAGCAAGGCCCUGGCAGAGCUGCUCAACCAGCAGAAGGUCCUCAUCUCAGAAAUCGAACAGAAGCAAAGCAAGAUUGAUGAAUGCCAGAAGUAUUCAGAGCAGUAUUCUGCUGCUGUCAAGGACUACGACCUGCAGCUGAUGACCUACAGGGCAAUGGUGGACUCACAGCACAAAUCCCCCGUGAAGCGGCGGCGGGUGCAGAGCUCCUCUGAUGCCAUCGUACAGGAAUUCAUGGAACUGCGGACUCGAUACACAGCUCUGGUGACCCUCAUGACCCAGUACGUGAAGUUUGCAAGUGAGAACCUGAAGAGGACUGAAGAGGAAGAGAAAUCUGUAGACGACGAGAAGAAGGAGCACGGUGAGAAGGUCAAUAAGCUGUUAAACUGGAUGUCCAGUAUGAAAAGGGGCCUUAGCAGAGAAGAUAAGCCUGUGAUAGAUGGUAGCAGCAGCAGCAGAGAAGCACCUAGUCAGCCACAGGUCUCGACAGAGGAACUUGGGGCGAUGAAGGAGCAGGUGGCUGAAGCUCUGAGGACCACGCAGAUGAUGCUGAGCAGAUUCAGUGGCAGGAUGUCUGAGGAGGAGGAAAGGGAAAUGAAAGAGCAGCUGAAGGUUCUCCACCAGGAGUACAGCAAUCUGUCCCAGCAGUGUGUUGAGCAGAUCCCUGCAGCUGACCUGAGUGCUGUGGAGAAGCAAAAGGAGUGCAUGCAGAAGCUGCAGGAGGUGUGUAAUAGCCUGACCCAGGUGGAGAACAAGCUCAUCGGCCACCAGCAGCUGGCUGGGCGUGGAGAUGCCGUGGACGUGCAGCAGUAUCAGAAGACCCAUCAGUCCUUGCUGGAAGACGUCCAGGCAAAUGUAGAUGCCCUCACUGAGGUUAUUAGCAGCACCAAGAAGUUCCUGGAGGAGAACCGGGACAAGCUGAACCCCGAGCAGAUUGCUGCCAUCGAGGGCAAGCUGGAGGAGGCCAGGAGGAAGUCUGAGCUGCUGAGAAACCGAGCUGAGGACUCCAGGAAGGAUCUGCAGAAGGUCAUGACCACUGCGAUUAAGCAAGAGACUGCAAAGGUUGCAGCAGUGGAGCAGCUGGAAGAGAGCAAAACCAAAAUCGAAGGUCUCUUAGACUGGAUAUCCAAUAUUGGGAAGGACAAGGAAAAGAAUGAGAUGGCCACGCAGAACGGGAACCCGGUGCUGGAGAUGGAGACGAACACGCUGGGCAGUGAGGACGACGCCAAUGGGAACAUCUCCAUUGUGGACGGGAGGGAGGAAAACGGCCACGAGAUGGACUUGGACAAGCAGCUUGACAGAGUCAAGGCCCAUCACCAGGAAAUCCUGUCCCAGCAGCAGGACCUGAUCAUUGCCACCCAGUCGGCACAGGCCGUACUGGACCGGCAGGGCCAGGUCCUGUCCCCGGGGGAGAGGGCAAAGCUGCAGGGUGACGUCCAGGAGCUGCGCACCCGCUACGACACGUCCCUGGCGCAGGCCGAACUGCAGAUGAAGCAGGUUCAGGCGGCGCAGGAGGAGAUGCGGCAGUUUCGGGACGACUGCGGCGAGUUUGAGGCCUGGCUGGAGGAGGCCGAAGCGGCCGCCCGCGAGCUGGGGGAGCCGACUGGCCGGCUGGAUGUCCUGUGCGAGAAGCUGGCACGGCAGAAGAGCUUCUCCGAAGAUGUCAUCUCACACAAAGGGGACCUGCGCUUCAUCACCAUCUCCGGGCAGAAGGUUCUGGAUGCUGCCAAGGCCUGCGGCCAGGUGGACCCUGGCGGGAUGGAGGUGGACACGUCAGGGGCCUGCACCGCUGUGAAGGAGAGGCUGGACACGGUGGCCGGCCGCUACAAGGCUCUGCACUCAGAGUGUAACCAGCUUGGCAGCAACCUGAAAGACGUGGUGGAGAAGUACCGGCAGUUCCAGGCGGCGAGCAGCGACCUCCUGGCUUGGCUGGGCAGCUCGGAGGAGGCGGCGCGCAGGCUGCAGUCCGAGCCCAUCGGCGCCGACCCGCAGACGCUGCAGCGGCAGCUGGAGGAGACCAAGGCCCUGCAGAGACAGACCUCCGGACGCCAGGCUGCCAUAGAGACCCUGCGCAAGGUGACCGAUGCCCUGAUCACGGCUGAAGGUGGCCUGCUGACCAACCAGGAUGAGAUCCAAGAAACUGUAGAGGACAUUGCAGAGAGGUACGACAACCUUUCCAAGUCUGUGAGCAACCGUCAUGAAAAGCUGCAGGUGACGCUGACGCGGUCCCUCAGUGUCCAGGACGGGCUGGAUGAGAUGAUGACGUGGAUGGAGAAUGUGGAGAAGAACCUAGGACAGAGUGACCCCCCAGCCCUGAACUCCACCGCCAUGCGGGACAUGCUCAGCAAGGAGGCGGCCAUGGAGCAGGACAUGUCGAGUCGUCAGAGCAGCAUCUCGGCAAUGAAGUCCAAAGUGAAGAAGUUCAUUGAGACGGCAGAACCAUCAGCGGCGGUGGCUCUCCAAGCCAAGAUGGACACCCUGUCUCAACGUUUCACUGAUGCCUGUGAGAAACACAAGAAAAGGGUGGACAAGCUGGAGAAGCUCAGGGACAAGGUGGAACGUUUUGAGAAGACCUCGGAGAAGGUGCAGCAGUUUGUGACCAAGCGCUCGCUGGACCUGUCCGAGGCGGAGGGGCCCGGGACCAACGUGAAUGAGCUCUCCCAGAUGAUGGAGGAAACCAACACAGAGCUUUCGGAGCACAGCAGGGACAUUGAAAUGUUGAAGCAGCUGUCCACUGAGUUGGUGGACAUGGGCUCAGAGACCAGCAAAGCUCAGAUCCAGGGCAAAUUGGAAACGCUAUCCAACAGCUUUGAGGCCUUCAAAGACACUGUGAAAGAGAAGGAGGCUGAGGUGUCCUCCUGCCAGGAUCAGCUUGGCGAGUUUAAGUCGGCUGCAGGAGCCCUCUGGAAGUGGAUUGAGGAGUCCAGGGGGAAGGUGCCCCUCGCCCAGGCCUCCUGCAGCGAGGAUAGCCUGGCCAGGGACCUGCAAACAGUCACCGCCUUGCUGGAUGAGUGGGCUUCUAAGGCAGCUGCUGUGCAGGAUGUUAACAGCAAAGGUUCCACUCUCUGUAGCCUUAUCACCGCUCUGACCUCUCCAGCCAAAACAAAGACGUCACACAAGUCAGGAUCUGCUGUUAUGAAUGGUUCAGGUGCUCACGCUUAUCUGACCAACAAAGAGCUCAUGGCUGUAGAGCAGGACCUGUCACAUGUAAACGAUGGGUACAAGAACCUGGGAGAACUUCUGAAGGCCCGGGCCAAUGAGCUGAAUGGAGUGGUGCUGCGGGUUCGAGAGGCGCGGGAGGACACGGGCUCCAUCAUGAAGUGCCUGGAGGAGAUGAAGAACACGGCAGCCAGCUGGGACCCCGUGUCGGCCGAGAGGAACUCCAUGAUGACCCAGAUGGAGCAGCAGAAGGCUUUUGAAGAAGGCAUGAAAGUGAAUGAGGAGAAGGUUCAGAAGCUAAGAGGGAAGCUGCUGAAGCUGAUCGAGGAUCAUCCCGAUUCUGCUGAAGUGGCGAAGUGGAAGCAGACCCUGAAUCAGAUCGAUGAGACCUGGAAGCACCUCGCGGGGGCCAUGGAGGACCGCCGGCAGCUGCUGGAGGCCUCAUCGCGCCACCUGGGCCUCUUCCAGGCGGCUGAGGAGCAGCUGGGCCAGUGGCUGGCAGAGAAGGAGCUUAUGAUGAGUGUCCUGGGACCUCUCUCCGUGGACCCAAACAUGCUCAACACCCAGAAGCAGCAAGUGCAGAUCCUGCUGAAUGAGUUUAACAGCCGCAGGCCACAGUACGAGCAGCUGAGCGAGGCCGCCCACGCCAUUCUGAGCACCCCUGGCGAGCAGAACCCCUCAUGCGCUCCUGUCAAGGAGCGGCUGGCCGCCGUCUCCCACAAGUGGCAGGCCCUGACCGGCCAGCUGGCCCAGCGGUCCGAGCGCAUCGACCUGGCGUCCAGCAAGAGCGCCCAGUUCCAGGGCCUGCUCCGGGGCCUCGCCGACAGCCUGGGCACCCUGGGCGGCCGACUGCAGGAACAGCAGGCACUCAGCAGCCAGCCUGACGCCGUCAAGAAGCAGCUGGAGGCCGCUAACGCCAUCUUGGCCCAGCUGCGCGAGGAGAGGAGGAGGCUGAAGGAGGCCGAGGCCUUGUGCUCGGAGCUGUCGGCGCUGGUGAGCGAGGAGUACCUGCGGGAGGAUCUGAGCCGGCAGCUGGAGGCUGUCAGCAAGCCCCUGGAGCAGCUGGAGGAGAGAGCAGGAAAGAAGAUCCAGCAGCUCAAUUCUACUUUUGCCAGCUCCAAGCAGUUCCAUCAGAUGUCCAAAGACUUCCAGGUGUGGUUGGAUGAGAAGACGAAGGAGCAGCGGCAGCCUUGCCUGGUCUCGGCCAAAGUGGAAAUCCUGCGACAAAGCUUGAGAGAGCAGGAGGCUUUCCAGAAGGGUCUAUGUGAGCAGGAGAGACCCUAUGAAACCAUCGUCAAGGAGGGUGAGGCGCUCCUGCAGAGCACGGAGGGUGCUGAGAAGGUGGCUCUGCAAGGGCAGCUGUCCUCCCUGAAGUCCACCUGGGACGACGUUAGGAAGACCUCUGCUGAUUGCAUGGAGAAGCUUCAGACGAGCCUGCAGAGGGCUGAGAAGUUCAAGGAGCAUGUGGAGAAGCUCAGCGCCUGGAUCGAGGAGUGCAAGGCCAGCGUGGACCAGGUCAAGUUUGGCAUGGAACCAGCCGAGGUGGAUAUUUCCUCCACGCGUGUCAGAGAAAUCCAGAAGGAUCUGGAUAAGCACCGGGGGGUCGUGGAGAUGAUGAACAGCGCUGCCAAUAGCCUGCUGGAGGUGGUGAAUGCAGACAGGGAGGCCAUUGAGGAUGAGAAGACGUCCAUCAACAAGAGAGUAGAUGGCAUGUCAGAGACAUUACAACAGAAGAAGGAGUCUUUGAACAAGAUCAGCCAGAAGCUGAAAGUCUUCAAUGAAACCAAAAAGGAGGCCAGGUGUCAGCUGGAUGGGACUCGGAAGCAGAUGGAGAGCCAUACUUCCCUGGGUGCUCAGGCCUACAGUAACAAGAAUCUGACCAAUAUGAAAGCCCAGCAGAAGGCAUUAGCUGGAGUCCAAACACAGGUCGAUUGCCUCAAGAAUCUGGCCCAGGAGCUGGUCAUAGAUGUUCCAGAUGCCGAGGGAGUUACUGACCUCCUGCUGCAGGCUGACAGCCUGGAGAAGGACUUUAGCUCCAUCAGCCGGGAGAUGGAGGAGAGGUGCUCCUCCCUGGAGGGCAAACUGCAGGGCAUCGGGCACUUUCAGAACAGCAUCCGCGAGAUGUUCGCUCAGUUUGCCGACCUGGACGAUGAAUUAGACAGCAUGGCGCCAGUGGCACGGGAUCUUGACACACUUCACUCACAGCGGGAUGACAUCAAGGGCUUUGUCACUAAACUACGGGAGCUGACGGCGAAUGCCCUUAACGCUUCCAAAAGCUGCAAGACCAUGCUGGAAGACGAGGCCUCACCGGACCUGCUGGGCCUGAAGCGGGACCUGGAGGCUCUGAACAAGCAGUGCGGCAAACUGAUGGACCGGGCAAGAGCCAGGGAGGCCCAGCUGGAGGGUACACUCAGCCGCAUGCAGGAGAUGUACGAGCAGCUCCAGGAGUUCACGGAGAAGCUGACGGAGGCUGAGAGGCAGGAGGGCUGCCAGGAGCUGGUUGGCAUGGAGACCGAAGUCAUCAACAAUCAGCUGGAGGCCUUUAAGGUUUUCCAGAAGGAAGAAAUUGAACCACUGCAGGCUAAGCUGCAGGACUUGAACCAGCUUGGUCAAGGUCUUAUUCAGAGUGCUGCCAAGAGCACAAGUACGCAAGGCCUUGAGUAUGACCUGGAAGACGUCAACACGAGAUGGAACACGCUCCACAAAAAGGUCGCAGAGAGGUCAGCCAAGCUGCACGAAGCCCUGUUGCAUUGUGGGAGGUUCCAGGAUGCUCUGGAAUCCUUGCUCAGUUGGCUAACAGAUACAGAGGAGUUGGUAGGCAACCAGAAGGCUCCAUCAGCAGAGUUCAAAGUCGUCAAAGCUCAGAUCCAGGAGCAGAAACUCCUACAGAGGUUGCUGGAUGACCGCAAGCCCACGGUGGAGCUAAUUAAAAAAGAGGGGACAAAGGUGAGCGAGCUUGCAGAGCCCGCAGACAAGGAGAAGAUUCUGAGGGAGAUCGAGAGUCUGGGCCAGAGGUGGGACAGCCUGUGGAAGAAGGCAGAAAGCAGACACAAGCAGCUUGAGGGCAUCCUGGUGGUGGCGCAGCAGUUCCACGAGACACUGGAGCCCAUGUUGGAGUGGCUCAGCACCACGGAGAAGCGACUGGCUAACUCCGAGCCCAUUGGGACCCAGACCGAGAAGCUGCAAGAGCAGAUCACCCAACAUAAGGCCUUAGAGGAGGAGAUUAUGAGUCAUGCUAAAAGACUGCACCAAGCCAUCAGCCUCGGUCAGGUGCUCCGGACCAUGAGCUGUAUGGAUGACAAGGAGCUGGUCCAAGCGAAGCUCGAUGUUGCUCAGACCAGUUACAUAGAUUUGCAGGACAGGUGCAGGCACAAGGCUGAAAUGCUGCACCAGGCUCUUUCCAAUGCUCAUCUGUUUGGCGAGGAUGAAGUGGCCCUCAUGACCUGGCUCAGCGAGGUCCAUGACAGACUGAGCAAAGUGUCCGUCCAAGACUACAAACCCGAAGUUCUCGAGAAACAGGCAGCGGAACAAUUGGCUCUUCAUCAGGACAUUGAGCUCCGGAAGCAGAAUGUCGACCAGGCGGUUUCUAAUGGGUUAGAACUGCUGAAGCAGACAACAGGCGAUGAGGUCAUUGUUAUUCAGGGGAAGCUGGAAGGAAUCAAGAGCAGAUAUGCAGAGAUCGACACGAUGAGCAGCAGUGUUUCCCGGACCCUCGAGCAGGCCCUCUCACUGGCUGUCAAGCUGCAGCACACCCACGAAAACCUGUCCGUGUGGCUGGACGGGGUGGAGGCCGAACUGAAGGGCUUUGGAGUGCAGGAUCUGCGGGGAGAGCAGCUCACCCAGGCCCAGGAGCGGCAGAAGGGGCUCCUGAAGGAGGUCAGAGAGCACAGGGCCGAGGUGGACGUCCUGAACGAGGUGAGCGGCGCCCUACUGCAGCUGGUGCCAUGGCGUGCUCACGAAGGCCUGGACAAGACGGUGAGCGAGGACAACGAGCGCUACGGUCUGGCCAGCGACACGCUCAGCCAGCACGUAGCACGGAUUGAUGCCGCCAUCCUGCGGCUGCAGCAGUUUGAAAGUGCAGCCCAGAGUGAGCUCCGCUGGCUGACCGACGCGGAGACAAAGCUGUCCUCGUUGGAGGUGAUCAGGCUCGAGCAGGACCAGGCCACGGUCCAGCUGCAGGCGCAGAAGAGCUUCUCCUUGGACAUUGUGAGGCACAAGGACGUGGUCGAUGAAAUCGUGAAGACUGGCGAGGUCAUCAUGAGCACCAAGAAUGAGGAGGAGAGGAAACCCCUGAGGGACACCAUCCAGACGCUGGUUGAGAAGAGCAGCACCGUCAGUCAGCUGAACUCGGACCGCUGUCUCCAGCUGGAGCGGGCCCUGUCGCUGGCUAGCCAGUUCUGGGAGACCCACGAGGAGCUGUGGCCCUGGCUGCAGGAAACCCGCAGCAGCUUCAGCCAGCUUCCCAUGCCGGCCAUCGAGUACGAGAUCCUGCGGCAGCAGCAGGAGGAGCUGCGGCAAAUGCGGGAGCUGAUCGCGGAGCACAAACCCCACAUCGACAAGAUGAACAAGACGGGCCCACAGCUGCUGGAGCUGAGUCCUGUGGAGGGCCAGCGCAUCCUGGAGACGUACUCCACUGCUGACCAGCUGUACAGCCAGCUGAAGGCCGACGUCGGGCAGAGGGCCGCUGCACUCGACGAGGCCUUCUCCAAGUCCACCCAGUUCCAUGACAAGAUCGAUCCCAUGCUGGAGUCCCUGGAGCGCAUCGCGGAGCGACUACGCCAGCCCCCUUCCAUCUCAGUGGAGGUGGAAAAGAUCCGGGAGCAGAUUGCAGAGAACAAGGCCGUGUCGGUGGACCUGGAGAAGCUGCAGCCGGCCUACGAGACCCUGAGGCAGCGUGGAGAGGAGAUGAUUGGGCGCUCUGAGGGGGUCGACAAGGACGCGUCGGCUAAAGCUGUGAAAGACAAGCUGGACCAGAUGGUGGUCAUCUGGAAUGACAUCCAGGCUCUCAUGGAAGAGAGGGAGGCCAAGCUCCUCGAUGUGAUGGACCUUGCGGAGAAGUUCUGGUGCGACCACUGCGCCCUUAUCGUCACCAUCAAGGACACGCAGGACCUUCUGAAGGAGAUGGAAGAACCAGGGGUGGAUCCCUCAGUGGUCAAGCAGCAGCAAGAGUCUCUGGAGGGUUUCAAGGAAGAAAUCGAUGGACUCCAGGAUGAGCUCGAUAUUGUUCGGAACCUUGGAACAGAACUCCUGGCUGCCUGUGGGGAGCCAGAUAAACCUGUCAUCAAAAAGAGCCUAGAUGAGGUGAACGUGGUCUGGGAGACACUGAACAAGAUGUGGAAGGAAAGAGUGGACCAUCUGGAUGAGGCAAUGCAGGCCGCUGUGCAGUUUCAGGAUGGCCUUCAGGGCAUGUUCGACUGGGUGGAUAUCAUGGAGAGCAAACUGGAUUCAAUGUCCCCUGUUGGAACUGAUCUGGAGACAGUGAAGCAGCAGAUCGAGGAGCUCAAGGAGUUUAAGUCCGAGGCGUACCAGCUGCAGAUCGAAAUGGAGCGUCUGAACCACCAGGCCAGCCUGCUGCUGAAGAAGGUCACUGAGGAGAUGGACAGGUGUGCCAUCCAGGAGCCCAUGACGGAACUCAAGAUGCUGUGGGACAACUUGGACGAGAAGAUCAUCAACAGACAGCACAAGCUAGAGGGCGCUCUGCUGGCACUGGGGCAGUUCCAGCAUGCACUGGAUGAGCUGCUGACGUGGAUGACUCACACUGAGGAGCUACUCAAUGAACAGAGAAAGACCAGCGGUGACCCCAAAGCCAUCGAGAUCGCACUCGCCAAACACCAUGUGCUUCAGAAUGACGUGCUGGCCCAUAAGAGCACGGUGGAAGCAGUCAACAAGGCUGGAAGCGAUCUCAUGGAGUCCAGCGCCGGUGAUGAGGCAAGCAGCCUGCAGAGCAAGCUGGAGAACCUCAACCAGCGCUGGAAUGCCAUCCUGGAGAAGACGGAGCAGAGGAGGCAGCAUCUGGACACAACCCUGCUUCAGGCCCAGGGUUUCCAUGGCGAGAUCGAAGACAUGCAGCAGUGGCUGAAAGACACGGAGCGUCAGCUGUUAGCAUCAAAGGCCGUUGGAGGCUUACCAGAAACGGCCCGCGAGCAGCUUAACACCCAUCUGGAGCUGUGCAGUGCCCUGGAGGCCAAGGAGGAGCUCUACCAGCAGCUGAUGCUGAAAGGUCAGCAAUUGCUCACCAAGGCUCCUGAGGGCCAGGACAGCAACACCGAGCUGGACCUGAGGAACCUGCGGGAGAAGUGGGAGUCCGUCCAGGCCAAGAUGGCGGAGAGGAAGGUCAAACUGGAGGAGGCACUGAGCCUGGCCAUGGAGUUCCACAACAACCUGCAGGAGUUCAUCAAUUGGCUGACGCAGGCCGAGCAGGGGCUCACCAUGGCUUCACCAGCCUCCCUCAUCUUGGAGACCAUUAUGUUCCAGAUUGAUGAACACAAGGUGUUCGUGACGGAGGUGAACGCCCAUCGGGAGCAGAUCAUCGAGCUGGACAAGACAGGGACGCACCUCAAGUACUUCAGCCAGAAGCAGGAUGUGGUGCUGAUCAAGAAUCUGCUGCUGAGUGUGCAGGGCCGCUGGGAGAAGGUGGUGCAGCGCUCGGUGGAGCGCGGCCGCCUGCUGGAGGAUGCCAGGAAGCGUGCCAAGCAGUUUCACGAAAGCUGGCACAAGCUCACAGAAUGGUUGGAGGAGUCGGAGAAGGCCUUGGAUUCGGAGUUGGAGAUCGCCAACGACCCCGACAAGAUCAAGAUGCAGCUCGCUCAGCACAAGGAGUUCCAGAAAGCUCUGGGAAGCAAGCACUCCGUGUAUGACACCACGACGCGUACAGGCCGUGCCCUCAAGGACAAGACGUCCCUGCAGGAUGACAAGCAGAAGCUGGACGACAUGCUGAGCGAGCUGAGGGACAAGUGGGACACAGUGUGCGGGAAGUCUGUGGAAAGACAGAACAAACUGGAGGAGGCCUUGCUCUUCUCUGGCCAGUUCACUGAUGCCCUCCAGGCCCUGAUUGACUGGCUCUAUAAAGUGGAGCCCCAGUUGGCAGAAGAUCAGCCUGUACAUGGAGACAUCGACCUCGUGCUGAACCUCAUCGACAGCCACAAGGUGUUCCAGAAGGAGCUGGGCAAGCGUACAGGCAGCGUGCAGGCCCUGAAGCGCUCGGCCCGCGAGCUCAUCGAGGGCAGCCAUGACGACUCCUCAUGGGUCAAAGUGCAGAUGCAGGAGCUGAGCACCCGCUGGGAGACAGUCUGCACGCUCUCUGUGUCUAAGCAGACGCGGCUGGAACAGGCACUAUGCCAGGCAGAGGAGUUCCACUCCACGGUCCACAUCCUCCUGGAGUGGCUGGCUGAGGCGGAGCAGAGUCUGCGUUUCCAUGGCACCCUUCCUGAUGACCAAGAAGCUCUCCUCUCACUAAUCGAGCAGCACAAGGAGUUCAUGAAAAAGCUGGAGGAGAAGCGUGUGGCACUGACCAAAGCAGCGGGCAUGGGGGAAGCCAUCCUGGCCAUCUGUCACCCAGACUCCAUCACCACCAUCAAACACUGGAACACCAUCAUUAAAGCACGAUUUGAGGAGGUCCAGGCCUGGGCGAGGCAGCACCAGCAGAGGUUAGGAAGUGCCCUCAGUGAGCUGCUCGCCACCCAGGAGCUUCUGGAGAAGCUUCUGGGAUGGCUGCAGUGGGCUGAGACCACACUCAGUGAGAAGGACAAGGAGCCGCUCCCUCAGGAGAUUGAGGAGGUCAAGGCGCUCAUCGCAGAGCAUCAAACGUUUAUGGAGGAAAUGACUCGGAAGCAGCCAGAUGUGGACAAAAUUACGAAGACACAUAAGAGGAAGGCAGAAACGCCAAUCCAGUCCCAAAUUCCGAUCCUGGAUAAAGGUCGCACUGGAAGAAAGCGUUCUCCCACCCAAGGGAUGUACCCAUCAGCCUCUCAGACCCAAAUUGAGACCAAGAAUCCCAGAGUUAAUCUCCUGGUCAGCAAAUGGCAGCAAGUGUGGCUGUUGGCGCUGGACCGACGACGGAAACUCAAUGAUGCCUUGGACAGGCUGGAGGAGCUGAAGGAGUUUGCCAACUUUGACUUUGACGUAUGGCGGAAACGCUACAUGAGGUGGAUGAACCACAAGAAGUCACGCGUCAUGGACUUCUUCCGUCGCAUUGACAAGGACCAGGACGGCAAGGUCACCAGGCAGGAAUUCAUCGAAGGCAUCCUCUCCUCUAAGUUCCCCACCAGUCGACUUGAAAUGAGCGCAGUAGCGGACAUUUUUGACCGCGACGGCGAUGGCUACAUCGACUACUAUGAGUUCGUGGCUGCCCUGCAUCCCAACAAGGACGCGUACAAACCGCUCACUGAUGCUGACAAAAUCGAAGAUGAGGUGACACGGCAAGUCGCAAAAUGUAAAUGUCCUAAACGAUUCCAGGUGGAACAAAUCGGUGCAAACAAGUAUCGGUUCUACCUCGGAAAUCAGUUCGGCGACUCGCAGCAGCUGCGACUGGUGCGGAUCCUGCGCAGCACGGUGAUGGUGCGGGUCGGCGGUGGCUGGAUGGCCCUGGAUGAGUUUCUUGUGAAGAAUGAUCCUUGCAGAGUUCAUCACCACGGGAGUAAAAUGUUACGCUCGGAGUCAAACUCUUCGAUUACUCAGAGCCCCAUAGGUUGGCAACUCUCACACUUUCUCUCCUUGUUCCAUCCUGGUGCCAAAGGGAGAACCAACAUGGAGCUUCGUGAGAAGUUUAUCCUUCCUGAAGGCACCACGCAGGUGAUGGCUAGCUUCAGGUACAGGGGUCGGAGGUCACGACCCUCUUCCAGAGCAGCUUCCCCCACUCGGUCAAACUCUAGCCAGAGCUGUCAGACCCAGCCGAACCCAGCGAUGACAAGCAACCCCAAGACCACCCAACACUUAACGCGCAAUUAUGAUAAACCGUGGCUGACAAACAGCAAAGCCAGCCUUAAAUCCUCCGACUCCUUUGAAAGCCAAGGUUCAUCUACAGAGAGCACGCCAAUUCAAGGCAGCAAGCUCCGCCUCCCCGGGUAUCUGUCGGGAAAGGGAUUCCAGUCUGGGGAUGAGGGAGCGCUGAUAUCCGCUGCAGUCACCAAAGCCAGAUCCACAGACUAUAGACGGACGCCCAGUCGGCCCGGAAGCAAAGCUGGCAGCCGAGGAAGCAGCCGCAGGGGCAGCGACGCAUCUGACUUCGACAUCUCUGAUAUCCAGUCUGUCUGCUCCGACAUGUCUGAGACCGUGACCGACUCUGGCCGGCCAAGCCCCCGGGGCGGCGCCCGCCCCCAUGCGGGGAAACCCUCGAAAAUCCCCACACCCCAGAAGAGGUCGCCUGCCAUUAGCAAACUGGCCAAGGUCUCCAAGAGAUAGUCUGGAGUGAAGGGCCCUGCCGGGGGUCGGGUUCAGACAUGCUGCACGGCGCUACGUAAUGCUACGACGCUACGCUACAGCGCCAAUUAUUUAACGUGUUGUAAAAUAUUGUUAAGGAUGAAGAGUGUUUAAUAUUGAGCGAGAUUGGAAUGCUAAUGGCCUUGUGUAUUUGUCUUGUAUUUUAUUUUAUGUGAAUAAUGUUACGUCAAACUAUAUUUUAUUUUAUUGAUGCCAAACCUGGAAAGGUUAGCACAACAAAAAAACACACACAACCAGAUAACUGUUGUAAACUAACAAUUUUCCACACUAAUAUCAUGAUAACCAUGUAUUUAUUGCUGAGAAGCAUCGCUGAAUGUACAGCCCCUCCCUGAACGCUAGUCUGCAUGUGCUGUACGGCUCAGCGCUGGACUAAUUUAUAUCUAAUUAACAUGCAACAACGAGCUACCAAACCGCAUCACAGGGCAAUACAGUACAGCUAUCGCUUGGCACUGUGUACGUUUUAGCCUCACGCUAAUGUGGGACAAAGGGCCAGCACUACCAUGUGCCCGCCUUUGUCUCCCCCCGCUUAGCUGUCUGACGUCAUCUAACAGCGACGCGUGCCAUUUCUGUGUGGGCGGCUGCUGUCCACUUCCUGCUCGUAGACAAUGAAGUGCACUCAAGUCCAUGUUUCGUUCGUUUUGCUAUGAUGGACAUAAACACUGUAACCCUUUUUGUAAUAAAUUUGCUUGCAGAAAGCUACCACGGUAUAACAGAUUGCACUUUGUCCCACUUGUCUGUGUGUUCUAAAUGUACCCCCCCCCCCAAAAAAAAAAAAGCAAGAAAUGUUUUUCUAGCAUUCAUUUUUUAGUUUUUUGAGUAAAA